UUUAUACACAUUGCGUAACAUAGUUUUACCAGUUUUAAAUUACCACUGCUUCAAUCAAUACAAAGUUUAACACAUUUUAAGUACAGGAAAUACAUUUAAAGUACAGGAAAUUAUAUGCAAUUUUUAAAUUUGACAACUGUUGAAAUAGGAUCGACAUCGGAUAUAAGGAGUAUUUCAAUACACAAUACAAAUAUAAUUGUGGACGGUUUAAACAGGUGCAUAUUCGAGGUUCGAACUCUACCAGCGAGGCUCAUUGGAAGGAAUCAUGGAGUUUAUGGAGCCAGAAGAGGAGGCGAAACUGAUUGCCGAAUUUAAUAAAAGGUUUCCGUACAAGGUAGAAUUACACGUGCAUCUCGAUGGCGCCGUGCGGCCGGAAACAGUUAUAGAUAUUGCUAAAGAGAGAGGGAUGUUAGAUGAUCUACCUCAUAAGACAGCAGAAGAAUUAAACAGAGACGUUAUCCUUGUAGAACCUAGUAGUCUCGAGAGAUUUCUUACUUCUUUUAGUUAUUUCAUGCCAAUUAUCAGCGGUUAUAAAAAGGCGGUUGAGAGAAUUGCAUAUGAGUUAUGUGAAGACUGUGCCAAACAUAAAAUCAAGUAUAUGGAGGUACGUUAUUCACCCCAUCUACUGUCAAAUUCCUUGAAGGACCCAGCAUUUACUACGACACCAGGCACGUUUACACCACAUGAUGUCGUAGAGACUGUAAACGAGGCUCUAGCACGUGGGAUGAGAGAUUUUGAUGUCAAAGUAAACACUAUACUUUGCUGCAUGACUCAUAGACCAGAAUGGUCAAAGGAGGUAGUAAAUCUGUGUAAAUGGUACAAAUGUAAAGGUGUUGUGGGAAUUGAUCUGGCUGGUCAGGAGUUUGUACCAGGCAAGGAGAUUAAUGAAUGUGAACACAAACAAGCAUUUCAGGAAGCUGCCAAGUGGGGUAUACGACGAACAGUCCAUGCUGGAGAAAUAGGGACAUACAAGGCUGUUCAGGAGGCAUUAGAGGACAUGUGUGCAGAAAGAAUCGGGCAUGGAUAUGGUUCUAUAGGUCACCCAGACGUAUACAAUGUUAUAUUACAAAAUCAGAUUCAUCUAGAGACUUGUCCUAUAUCCAGCAUUAUGACUAAAGCUUGUGAUAAAGAUAUUCAAAAACAUCCCCUUAGACAGUUUGUGAAAGAUGGUAUUAACUACGGUAUCAACACAGAUGAUCCAGUAGUACUAGGGAAUACAUUGACAGAUGAUUAUAAAUUUGCUCAAGAUAUGGGACUCACAGAUGAUGACAUCAUUCGAGGGAUAUUUAACUCAGUAAGAUCAAGCUUUGCUACAGAAGAGGAAAAGAAAAAAAUGGAAGAAGAUCUUGUUAAAGUUUAUGGAGAGUGCAAGCCAUUACCUGUAAAAUCAUUCCAAGAAACCUAAAAGAAUUCCAGUUUUAUUGUGUUUUUGUGUACAAUUUGUUGGAACAUUUUUUGAGAACACAAAGUCUGGUGUGUUAAACAAAGCUUACAAAAAUAUCAUACUUAAUUGCUUUUGUAUUAGAAGGCCUUAGUUUACAGUACUAUAUGGGCAUUUUCCAUCAAACAUACUUAUCAUUAGGUUAGUUUUUUUGUGAUUUUUUUCAUAUGAUUGUAGCAAUAAUUCCCCUUUGUUUACUGGUACCGAGGCUAGCCUGCUUGCACAUGCUGUUGUCUAAGCAUCUGUUUUAUUGGCUACAGUUCAAGGUCAUCUGCACAUAUACAGCUCAAAGGCAAGAUUCUAGCAUUGGUCAGUUGUUAGUGGUCUGCAAUUCAGUGAAGUUAAAUUUCUUGACUGGAUCGUCAUCAAACUUUGUCAGAAUGUUUUAUUUGCUCUUCUUAGGUAAAAAUUAGUUAAUAUAAUCAUAUUAAUAUCUUGUUGACAUGUUUCUUUAUGUCCUAUAAAACUUGCGAAGAAUGUCUUUGUAAGAAAUUUGUCUUCCUGACAUCUUGUGACAAUUUUGGGUGAUGACUCAAUUCCAGUAUACAUGUAGGUCAUCUGGGGUUAUCUGUUUAAUUUUCAAGAAACCAUAACCAGGUAUAAGACCGUAAGUCUGGGGGAAACUUGCAUGAUAUUGUUAAAUUAAUCAUAUUUGAACAAAUGAAAAUCUGGAUUGUCUUAAAAGUAAGUAAAGGUCAAAAGCAUAGAUUAAAACUCUUCUCCUUGUCAUAGUUUACUGGACCUCUUGUUUGUAUUUUAUCAAAAUCACAGAUUUUAGCAAUGGAGUUUAGACUAUUCCCAAAUUUUAGGAGGUCAAGUCCAUUUAUGGUAUAAAUGGUUAUAUGUUGUGGUAAAUACACUAGCUGUUCACAGUUAUGAAGUUUUCUUACAUGAUUUAUACCUGUCUUUCAUUUGCAACAUUUCUUUCUGUAUCAUCUUUUAAGAUUCCAAAGUACAUAUUGUCUGUUAGGACUAUGUGCAUUUAAUUUCUUGUAUCCCGGUCCAUUAGAUGUUAUUAUGUUAUCCCAUGAUUUUUUUUAUAAUUUCAGCAAUUUAUGAUGAUGUUUUAUGUGAAAACACUUUGUUUGUAUAUGCUAUAAUUUUACAAAAUAAAAAUUUGUGUUGCGGCAGUGAA